AUGGUUAUGAAAGACAGCCGGCACCGCAACAUUGUUAACUUCUUGGAUGCUUUCCUACGCAAUAACAACGCGGAGCUCUGGGUCGUUAUGGAAUUCAUGGAAGGAGGUGCUCUUACUGACGUGAUUGACAACAACCCGUCCAUCUCCGAGGAGCAAAUCUCGACUAUUUGCCACGAGACCUGCCGCGGCUUGCAGCACUUGCAUUCACAGAAUAUUAUUCAUCGUGAUAUCAAGAGUGAUAAUGUUCUACUCGACGCUCGUGGAAACGUGAAAAUCACCGAUUUUGGUUUCUGCGCCAAGCUCACGGAGACAAAGUCCAAGCGAGCCACCAUGGUGGGAACCCCCUAUUGGAUGGCCCCCGAGGUUGUCAAGCAGAAGGAAUACGGUCCCAAGGUCGAUAUCUGGUCUUUGGGUAUUAUGGCGAUUGAGAUGAUAGAGUCCGAGCCGCCAUAUCUUAACGAGGAACCUCUCAAAGCUCUCUACCUCAUCGCAACAAAUGGAACUCCUCGGCUCAAGAAGCCUGAGAAACUGAGCAAAGAACUGAAGGCAUUUUUGUCUGUCUGCCUGUGCGUGGACGUCAAGAGCCGUGCCUCUGCUGAUGAGCUCCUGGCUCAUGACUUUUUGCGACAUGGUUGCCCAUUGGCUAGCUUGGCAGAUCUUCUUGCUUUCAAGAAGCACGCCAAAUAA